AUGAAGCUGGAAUUUGAUGACCAUAAACACAGCACCUACAUUUUACAAUCUCUCAACGCCCAGAGGCAAAAGAAGGAAUGUUGUGACGUGGUCAUCAAUGUGGGCUCCCAUUCAUUCUCCGCCCAUCAGAACAUCCUGACAGCUGUCAGUCCUUACGUCAAGGACUUAAUCCACAGCUGCAAUAUCCAACCAUCAGAUGAACUGUCUGUCACCAUUGACAUUGAUUACAUGAGCCCAGUGUCUGUGGAACAGCUGUUGGAAUACUUCUACACGGGUAAGAUUAUAAUCGCUGACAAAAAUGUGGAGGAUCUGUUAAAGGGGGCCAAGUAUUUCAUGAUAAAGCGACUCAAGUCCCAUUGUGUUGAGUACUUGGAGCUUGUCUUAGACAGGCAAAGUUACAUGUACACGCUCAUGUUAGCAGAGACUUAUGACUUAUCAGACCUGGCUGCUACGGUCUACCUAUACGUCAAAGACCGGUUCUUCAUUCUGAGUGAAACAAAGGAGUUUGUGGAAUGUCCAUACCACGUCUUACUGAAAUUGGUCAAGGAUGAAGACCUCCACACUUCCAACGAAGACCAGGUCCUGCAGACCAUCCUGAGGUGGACUAACCAUAAUUUAGAAGACAGGAAAGGUUACUUUCCUAAACUUUUCUCUUACAUUUACCUGAACGGUAUCGCUGACGAGGUUCUGUCAGACAUCAGCAGCAAUGAGCCCCUAAUCAAGAACAACACCACGUGUGUGUGUGCUAUUGUGGACGUGCUGAGCCAUCGCAAGCAGGAAAACCUGACCAGUCUUGCGUACUUCCAGCGAAAAGGGGCUCUGCUCGAUGUGGUCCUUGUCCUGGGGGGUCAAAGUUCGGAUGGCAGUUUCCGCAACGCAGUCUACGCCUACGUCGUUGAUGAGAAUAAAUGGAUUAAAAUCACCCAUAUGCCGUACCGCGCGGCGGCUCUGGGCGCCAUCUGCACCAGCAAGUACCUGUAUGUGACAGGGGGCACCAAUGAGCAAAAUGCCAGUCUGAAGGCCGCGUGGAGGUAUGACCUGGACAAAAAUACCUGGAACAAACUGCCAGACCUCCCACUUGGACUGGUCUUCCAUUCCAUGGUAGCCUGCAAUGGUAUAGUGUACACAGUGGGAGGGAGUGUGGCACCGAGGAAGUACAUCUCCACCAUUUAUAGGUACGAUGAGAAGAAGGAGAAAUGGACUUCCGUUGGAAGGAUGAGUGUUCCCAUGGAUUGUGCUGAAGUGGUGACCAAAGGGGACAGAUACAUCUACAUAGCGACAGGGAGGUGCAUGAUCAAUGAUCGAAUUUCCAGGGUUGGUGUCAUUGACUGUUUCGACACCAUAACAGGGGAGGUCAAGCAAAGCUUGACAUUCCCCAUCGAGUUCAAACACAGGCCAGUCAUCUCCUUCCAAGGGGACACAGCCCUCAUCAUGCAGAGCCACAAGCACACCAUCGAGGUCAGCUUGCAGAAGUUCAAAGCCAAUAAGUUGCCCAAGAGGAUCCCGCUGCUCCCCAACGCAACCAAGUUGGAGGUGUGUCACGCCAUGUGCCUAAUCAGAGACAUGAUAUUUGUCUGUGGUGGGACCUCAGCAACAGACGAUGGCAACGUUAAAGAAUAUUCCGUCAACAAAAAUGCCUACCUGUUGGAGACAAAGGUAGGAGCAUGGAAUGAGGUGGCAAAGCCUUCUGAAGCUCUGGAAAGUUCCGCCUGCUGCAAAAGCAAACUCCAAUGCAAGUUCUUACAGAAGCCAGAAAAAUCCCUCUCUAAACCCAAGCUUGAGCAUUAA